AAGGGCACACUCAAAACUCAAAUCAAUCCCCAAAUUUUCACCUAAUUCAGAAGUAGAGAUCGUCGGCUUUCACCGGCACUGUAAUCCGAUUCCGGCAGGAGGUGGAUAUUUAGGGUUUUAUCGCCGGACAAAAAGAUGUCCAGUUCCGGUAGGCCGUCGGCGGCCGUUGCGAGUGGAGAUUUACAGAUUGUAUCGGCGCCUUCAAACAGAACAGCGAUCUCCGCUCUUCCUCCUCGCCAUCCGACUAAUACUUCAUCAGCUCUUGUUGAAUACACGCCUCCAGUAAUUAAUCAGGAAGAAGAGGACCUCGAGGUGAAGCUGCGUCGCAUAUUAGAUCACGUCCCUGUUCGUGUUAACAAUACCUCCGGUAGUUCCGCUGGUUCUGGCUCCGGGGACUUCCAUCAGUAUCGACAGAUGAGAAGGAAAGAACAAGAUAGGCUUGCAAGGAUGGAUGUUGACUUCCAUAAAAGGAAACAGGUGGCAGAGUUUAAUAAGAGGAGAGAGGAAAGAUUAAAAGCAACAGAAGAGAGAACUGCAAAGAAGCGUUUGAAAAGACAAAAGAAGAAGCAGAAGAAACAAGAAAAGAAAAUCAAGUUGGAAGGAGGUGAUAAUUGUGAAGAAGAACAUCAUAAGGAAGAUGAUAAUGAUAAAUCUUCAGAUGAAGAAGAUGAUCAAAACGAAUGAACAGAAAGAAUUACAUGUACUUGAAUCCAAGUAGGAUGUUGUUUUGUUGUUAAUCACAAGUAAAAUCAUAUGCAUUUCCAUUAUAAGUAAUGUUUUAAUGCACAAUUUAUGAUGGAUUAUUAGAUUUUAUGUCAAAUUUUGUAUGUUGAUAUAUGCUUUCUUCAAGAAAAAAAUAUUCGUAUUUGGUAA